CAUACGAUUGAUGACCAAAAACAGGAAAAAAAGUGUGGUUGGUUCUUCAGAUUUGGUAAUAGUGUAGGCAUCAAGAGAAGGUGAGGUAGAUAAAGAGGAAGAGCUGCGCGAUGGCGUCUACCUUAGCGGUUCUUCUGCUCCUGUCUGCAGGUUUAUUUACGGUAAAAGCCGGUUUUGGUGAGGACUGUGAGAGCUACUACACCAUCUAUAACGAGUACAGGCCUGGGUUUAAGUGCUUUUUUCAGUACUGCUGUGGAAACUGUGAUAACAGAUUCUGCUGCCCCAGUGAACAUUUGAAGUUAACCGCGUCUGUUCAAAGCCUCUGCGCUAUCAGAAACAGUGAAACACUUACUUGAUAGUAGUGGGGGUUGUGUUCCACAUUAUUGUGUUCAUCAUCUGCUGCU